UGAAGUUUGAAACUUGAGAAAGCAUCGCUGGGAACCAAACCAACGAACGCACACGUCAGUUUUCUCGAGUUGGUUAAUAUAUACACUUUCAUACAACCCAUUCCACUCUGUACGUUCACUCUCUCUUCUUCUCCGACACAAUCCCAGGCAAAAAAUAUGCCUUUGAAGAAAGCGAGUAAGUUUUGUAUGUGGAUUUUGUGGUAUUGAUUUUCAAUAUCCAAUUUAUGGUUUGGGCUUCUAUUGAGAAGCUGAGACACAAUCUGAUCACAAAGGAAUACCCAGUACACUAUCAGAUUCCAUGCCUGCCAUGAAAAAGAAUUCUGAGCAGACUCGUUUUGGAUCUGUAUUCAAUAAGUUGGUGAAGGAGCUAGGAGAACCUGUUGACUUUGAACUUCCAGAAUGGUUUAAUAAAUCAAAGCCAAUGCAGUACACCUAUAUAAAACGCAAUAUAUAUCUCACUAAGAAGGUCAAGAGACGGUUUGCUGAUGAUGGCAUAUUCUGUUCCUGCUCUUCUUCCUCUGAAUCUACUGACGUAUGUGGUAGAGAUUGCCACUGUGGGAUGCUUCUGUCUAGCUGUUCGUCAGGCUGUAAAUGUGGGAGCUCCUGUCUUAACAAACCAUUUCAAAAUCGUCCUGUGAAGAAGAUGAAAUUGGUUAAGACUGAGAAAUGUGGUUCUGGAAUUGUGGCGGAUGAAGAUAUCAAGCUUGGGGAAUUUGUAAUUGAAUAUGUUGGAGAGGUCAUUGAUGACAAAACCUGUGAAGAAAGGCUUUGGAACAUGAAACAUCGUGGGGAAACAAACUUCUACUUAUGUGAAAUCAAUCGAGAUAUGGUGAUAGAUGCAACAUAUAAGGGAAACAAAUCAAGAUAUAUCAAUCAUAGUUGCUGCCCCAAUACUGAGAUGCAGAAAUGGAUAAUUGAUGGUGAAACAAGAAUUGGCAUAUUUGCAACUCGUGACAUACAAAAGGGCGAGCAUCUGACUUAUGAUUACCAGUUUGUUCAAUUUGGUGCAGAUCAAGAUUGCCACUGUGGUGCUGUUGAGUGUAGGCGUAAGUUGGGUGUCCGGCCUACCAAGCCUAAAAUGUCUUCUUCAGAUGCUACAUUAAAAUUAGUUGCAUAUCAGGUUUAUCAGAAUGGAGGUCUACAAAUUGGAACAUCUCGUGUUGUUGACCAAUCAAAGUGCUUACACAAUUGCAUUGGUGAAGUUAUUAGGAUAAACCAAUUUGGCAAUGUGAGGUUUGGGAUUAUUAAACGAUUUGAUAAAUAUUCCCGAAAGCACUGGAUCAUGUUUGAGGAUGGUUGUGUUGAAAUAUAUGACAUGUCAAAAGAGGACUGGGAACCUGUGAGAUAGUGGCACGACUGUGGGUGGUGCAGGUGAAAGGAAGUGAGAAACUGAUAAUUGGAGUCAUUAUUCUUUCAUUGCAUGUGCAUAAUUCUUGUAGUUGCUGAGGCUCUGAUCAACAGAAUAUGAAGCGGGAUAGAUCAACACAGGUCUUACUGAUUGAAGAUAUUAAUAAGUUUUAUUUUCUACUGACAAACUGUAUUCGCGUAAGCCUAAAACAUUAGUGUUAAAAGUACUGGAGAUAAUCCUGGUAUUUUUGAAAAUCCUGUCCUGCUUGUACUGUAAAAUGAGAAUUCAUGUUGUACCAUUAAAUGGGGUUUGUGCAAUUGUUGUAUCAAAUUGUAUUCUUUCACUUUCUUCCCAUUUUUCUAGUAUAAGAAAUUCAAAAUUCAGAGACAAAUGAGGGUUUUCCCACCAAGGAAGAAACUUUUUUGUUUUCCUUUCUUAUAGCAUUACCUUUGAUCAAUGCAGGAAGGCUUGUAUCCCAUAAAGAGGGGCACAUUAAUCUUGCUCUGCUUAGACAUGUAUUAUUAGAGUCAAUUUUAUCAAUGGAAAACUUGCUUAAUUUUGUUUUGUUUUAUUUCUAUUCAAAAUUGCACA